AUGGAUACUCCAGGAAUUAGUUUAUUUCAAGGUGCUGAUCUACAAAUAAAUAAUUCUAAAAAUGUCGAAGAAGAGGAGGAUUUGGAAGAUCAGCAACGAAGGAAAGAAGAGCUUCAAAAUUUGCUCCAAGCAAAGUUAGAUGACUUCAAUUACGAUGAUAGUACAAUUAAUUCAUCAACAAAUGUAUCUAUAGCUUCAGUAGACAAUUUAGAACAACUUUAUAAAGAGGCAUUAUCUCCUGAUGAGCAAAUCAAAAUUCUGUAUGAUGUUAGAUGUAGGGAAAUUCUUGCUUUAAAAGAAGAAUAUGAUAAAUUUAAAGCUGAUAAAAGUAAAGAAGUUAAUUCUCUUAAGAACCAGAAAAUAUUACUUGAAGGAGAGUUAAGGCAAGCUGGAAUAUCAAUGAAGAAUCUUGAAAGUUUACUUGUGGAUAAAACUGAAGAAAUAAAUAAUUUAACAAAAAACCUUAAAGAAAAAGACACUCAAAUGAAUAAACUUCAAACACUCAACACGGAGUAUGAGGGUGAAUUAGUAGCAUACAAAUCAGAAGUAACCGAAUUACAUUUGAAAUUACAAAAACAAAAAGGCGCAUUCAAUUUAGAUGCAAAAUUCGAUUCAGAUGAAAUGAGAAAUUCCAUGCAAUCUAAAAUAGAAAAGCUUGAAAAGGCUUAUGAGGAACAAACUAACAAAUUUGAAUUUUGUAAUGCUGAAAAGCAAGUUUUGCAAGACGAAAUAGCAAGAUUAGCUCAAGAAAAGAUUGCUUUGGAAAGCGAUAAUGAAGCUAUUUUAAAAAGUUUCGACAGCGCUCAGCUACAAUGCAAAGAUCUCAUAAAUGUAAUUGAAGUAUUGAAAACUGAAAAUGAUCAUUUUAAGUGUAGGGUUGAAGAAAAUUCAAGAAGAAAGUCUAGUAGUAAUCAAAUGAAUUCUUCUGACACUCAAAGUGAGAAGCUUAAAAGCAUGCUAGUGGAUAAAUCAAUAGAACUAGACAGCCUUAAGACUAAACUAAACUCUUACGAAGACAAUAUAAAAGAACUAUUAGAAUACAGACAACUAAAAUGCGACAUAUACAAAAAAGAAUUCCAAAAAUGUGACAACAAAAACCACACAAAAGAACUUCUAAUAAUGCAAAACGACUUGCAAAAUUACAGAAGAAUAAUCGAAGAUAAGAAACAACAAAUAUUGAGUCUAAAUGCCAACAAUAAGGACCUCAAAGAAAAAAUUGAAGACAUGAUAUUGCAAACGAGAAACGAAAUACAAAAUAUGUCUUCAAAAUAUAAUAUGCCCCAGUUGGACAGUAUGAAAAAAGAAUUGGAAAAAUCGGAGAAAAUGGUGAAUAUUUUAACAAAGAAAUUGCAGGAAUCUGAAGAGGAAAGAUUGAGUUUAUUUGGAAAAUUGAAUGAAUCCAAACUGGAAAGUGACUAUGAGUUAUUAAAGAAUCAACUAAAAAAUGUUAUGGAGUAUUUGGAAAAAAAUAAGUGUCCUAAAAGUUUGAUAGAAAUAAAAACUAAAAUGCAAAAAUUUAUAGAGGAAAUUGACAAUAAGGAAUCUAUUGAGAAGGGCAUUAUUGAAGAACAAAUUAAUUCAUGGAAGAAAUUAUUGGAUGAAACUAUUAUUACAGAUGCCGAUGAAGCUUUAAAAACUCAAUACAAAGAAGCCAUAAUGAAUUUACAAAGCUCAAAUGAAAAAAUUAAAGAAUUGGAAGAAGGUAUACAAGAUUUGAAAAAUUCCUUAACAAUAGCUGAAGGUGAAAAAUGUGGGCUCAGUAUGGAACUAAAAGAUGUUUUAGGGAAACUGGAAGAAUCUGAAAAAUCAAGACGUAGUUUAGAAGAAGAUUUGAAAAACAUUCAAAUCGAUGAGAAAACAGGAAAAAAAAUUGAUCAUCUAAAGCGGCAAUUAGAAAACCAGAAAGAAAAAUAUAAUAAAAAAACUACAGACCUUGAAGCAGCCUUAGAAUCUUUGAGCCUGGCGGAAAAUGAUAAGGAAGAACAAAAAAGGUGGAUGGAUAAAAUGCACAAUGAAAUUGAAAAAUUGAAAAAUAUAAAUACCAAAUUGGAGAGGCAAUUAGAUGUGAAAAAUAAUGGAACAAUGGACCAAGACGAAGAAGCCUACAAAUUGAAAUUAAAAGAAGAACUAAAUAAAAUGGACAUAAUAUUAAGAGAAGAAAUUCAAAUAGAAUAUCAAAACCGCAUUACAGAUUUGGAAAAUGAAUAUAAAAAAACUUAUAGAGAAACAUCUGAGCUGUGUAAGAAACUGAAAUCUGAUUUGGAGCAACAAGAUAAAAAAUUUAGAGAAUAUUUAAAAUUGGUUUUAAAAGAAUGCGAAACUUGUUCAUCAAAACAAGAAAUUGAAAAAACUGAGCUCAUUGAAAAAUAUCAAUUAUUACAAAACCAAUUUGAAGCAUAUAAGAUAAAUGUUGCUGCCCAAGACACAAAAUAUUUUGAUGCACUUAAAAAAAUGGAAAUUGAAUCUCAAAAGACCAAUGAAGCUUGGAGAUCGUGGUCGAAAAAGGUAGUUUGUAGCUGCUUGGAUAUUGAGGCUACAAAUAAAAAAGUUAGAGAUAGAGUUUUGGCUAGUAUGGAUAAAUAUGACCAAGAGGUGGCGGCUAUACAAAAAAAGGCAGAAGCCAAAAUGUCCAAAAAAUCUUUAAAGAAAUUAAACAGUUGA